UUGUCUGAGCAUUUUAAUGAACGUAAGCCCCUUAGAGGAAUAGUUGGGACUCACAGCAACCAAAGUCAGCCCUGUGGGAAAGAAAGCUCUCCAGCUGCCCACGGUCACAGACAUGCAGCCGUUUACCUUUCUCUGUGCUUUUUGUCUCUUGAUUUGUGUCUGCUCUGGUACUGCAAAAGCCCACAGGCACCACAGACAAGUCCUUACUGGAGACCAGCCAGGUGUGUGUCGCUAUGGCAGAAGACUAGAGUGUUGCUAUGGCUGGAAGAAAAACAGCAAAGGACAGUGUGAGGCCCAGUGUGAGCAUGGCUGCAAGCAUGGAGAAUGUGUUGGCCCCAGCAAAUGCAAGUGUUUCCCAGGAUACACUGGAAAGACAUGUAACCAAGAUUUGAAUGAGUGUGGCCUGAAACCCCGUCCCUGUGAGCAUCGCUGCAUGAACACAUAUGGCAGUUACAAGUGCUACUGUCUCAAUGGAUACACCUUAAUGCCUGAUGGAUCUUGUGCCAAUUCCAGGACGUGCUCUCUCGCUCACUGUCAAUAUGGUUGUGAGGAAGUACAAGGGGAGAUUCACUGCCUCUGCCCAUCUGCAGGGCUUCAACUGGGGCAAGAUGAGAGGAGCUGUGUAGAUGUUGAUGAAUGUGUUACCGGGAAGAAUCUCUGUCCAUUCAACAGACAAUGUGUUAAUACCUUUGGCAGCUACUACUGCAAGUGUCAGGAUGGUUAUGAUCUGAAAUAUGUUGAUGGAAAAUAUGACUGUGUAGACCUCGAUGAGUGUGCAGCCAGCACUCACAAGUGCAGUCACCAUGCUGUCUGUCUGAACAGUCAAGGAUCCUACAAGUGCAGGUGCAAGUCUGGCUUCAGAGGCAAUGGCGUUGAAUGCUCUGCCAUCCCAGACUCCCAAGUUGGGCCCAGGAUUCUGGGAGGUCAUCUGGAUAACGAGGAUAUUAAAAACGUUAUCACUGAACCAGUUACAACACCACCUCCUAAGAUCCACCAGCAGCCUUUUGACUACGAUGAAGAGGUCUACACUGGCACCCAGACUAAGGCGAGACCAGAAGAUGGGUUUCCAGGGGAAGAGGAGGAUGAGGAAGAGGAAGUAGAAGACAACCAGCUCAAUCCAAGAGGAGAUGUUUUCAUAUCAGAGGACUUUGAAUCAGUACUUGGCCCAACCACAGAAAUCAAAGAAAUCCACAUAGCACCAGUUCAAGAAGAGUUUAUCAUGGAUUGCAACUUUGACCAGGGAGCAUGUGAGUGGAUCCAAGACAAAGCUGAUGAUAUGGACUGGAGUGUAGUCUACCAUGAUAACGGUGCUGAGUAUUACAUGGCCAUGAGUGGGCUCCUAGGUGAGCAGGAGGAUGUGGCCAGGUUGAAGCUGCUUCUUAAUGACCGGGCCCAGCAAGGCAGCUUCUGCCUCACCUUCAACUACCGUGUGGUGGGCCAUAAUGUGGGCACACUAAAGGUGCUGCUUGAUAACAAUGUUUACCCAGUAUGGGAGCAGAGUCAAAGCAGAGGCCAGGGCUGGCAGAGAGAGCUCCUCACUGUGGCCUGGAAAGACAAGGCCCCAGAAUCGAUUAUCUUUGAAGCUCAGCGUGGGACAGGUAUUGGAGGACAGAUCGGGCUGGAUAAUGUUGUAUUGACCUCAGGACCCUGUCAAGAGGAUGCCAGUCCAAUCUUUUAGGACUCUCCACCUUGGAUCAACAAUUUGAAAAUCUCUUCUAUAUGACUCAUGUCAAGUACUCCUCUUUGCUGUCGAUGUUAUGGUCUCAUACUGGUGGAGUUUCUCAGUGCUCUUUAGCCACAGGAUGUCCACAUAAAAAUACAGACACAUGGUCUUAAGGGGAGACUAAUGUGCAUGCAUUUUUACUUUAUCAUCAUGCUGCUACAUCAAUACAUCCUGCAACAGUCUCUACUGUGAUUUUCAAAAUAGUCUUUUAUGAUACAAAUAACUCAGGUAUCAGGAAAAGGUGGAAAUGCUAACUUUGUUAGUUAUGUUUUACAGUAUUGUGCUUAGUUCUUUGUUAUG